AUGGCGAAGGGCUAUCGUCAGAAACUGGAUUUAUAUGGGAAAACCGUAUCCGGCUUCUUACUUGUAGAAGAACGUAACCCGCUUGAUCCGUGUUGUUCAGGAAACAUCGUCAGUUGUGAUGGCUUCCACAGUGUUGGCGCUGCAGCUAGCUCUACUUCUGCCAUUCGUUCACGGGCUGUCUCUUCAACUUUCCAAGAAAGACGUGACUCUUUGACGCCAGUUUUGAUUCGACUGGCUAAUUACGGUGUCGCCGUAAACGUCACCGUUAAAUAUUCAGCUCGCAAGCAGGUGACCUCAUUAUGGUGGCUCAAUGGAAAUCUGGUUGUAGAUGGCGAUGAUGGUGUCAGAACGGAAGUGAAUUACAUCUAUUACACAACGGAAUACAAUGGUGUUCGGCGACACUUGAAGACAGCGUCAAUACGGAUACCAUCAGCGUUCAAUGUCGAAACACUUCAGAUCCAAUUCGCAGGCAAAUCCAUCGACGUCACCAUCAGCAUCAACGUGGUCACAAUAGCAUCCGGGAAAUCACUACUGGAAUAUAUACCCAAGUACGAGUAUAAAGUGACUCCAAAUUAUCGUGUCACCUACAACCCCGGAGACUCCCUUUCAUUCCGUUCUUCCUUUAAAUCAAAGGACCUUGUCCGUAGUACCUGGGACGGAUUUAAAGUGGAGUUCACUAGCAUCGAUGACUGCAUAAGCCCUCCAAUAAUCCAGAUCAAAACAGCCGAGUCAGACCCCGAAUUUCUUGCAGUCCACACUCCGAGACGUGAAGAUGUUUACCUUCAUUAUUGGGAUUAUAUUUAUGUAGGAAAUCCAAAGUACAAAAUACGAUACUUGAACGUGACCUACAACUCAUCCGGCGACCUACCCCGGGGAAUACUGAAGCUCACCAAUGGGUACAGUUUUACAAGGUCAUGCCAAUUGUUAGCAGGCAUGAAGGUCACCUACAUGUUAUUCCUCACACCAGCAUCUGAUUCCUAUUUCUUCGCGGAAAAGGCAGUUGUUCUUGACAAAGGGGAGAGAAAUUACUAUGCUGAAAAUGGCGGCGAAGUCGAUGUAUUGCUCAAGGCUAUAGGGGGCAGUGAGGUGAGCGAAAUAUGGGAUGAACCAUUGUAUGAAUAUCCAGACAUCCGGCUGUCAAGGAAGAAUCAGACCAUAGAACCAGUUGCUGAUAUUCAACGUUUCUUCGAAAGAAAGGUUUACUUCCGCUUCCGUCCUGUGACGCCAGAGCAAGCCGGCAGAUAUUUAGUAGUAGCCACGAUGAGGUCUCCAAACGGCACGGGCACGGCAAAAGCUAAUUUGAACAUCAAUGUCCUCAAUGUCUGUUGAAUUAUAACGUUUAUCAGGCUAAUAAAUCUUACUGAUUAUCAGUUUCCUUAAUGAA